GCUGGAGGGGGUUGGUUCGGCGCGGGGGCCGUUGGCUCCAGACAAAUAAACAUGGAGUCCAUCUUCCAUGAAAAACAAGAAGGUUCACUUUGUGCUCAGCAUUGCUUGAAUAACCUGUUACAAGGAGAAUACUUCAGCCCUGUGGAAUUAUCUUCAAUUGCACACCAGCUAGAUGAGGAAGAGAGGAUGAGAAUGGCAGAAGGAGGAGUUACUAGUGAAGACUAUCGCACAUUUUUGCAGCAGCCUUCUGGAAAUAUGGAUGACAGUGGCUUUUUCUCUAUUCAGGUUAUAAGCAAUGCCUUGAAAGUUUGGGGUUUAGAACUAAUCCUGUUUAACAGUCCAGAGUAUCAGAGGCUCAGGAUCGAUCCCAUAAAUGAAAGAUCAUUUAUAUGCAAUUAUAAAGAGCACUGGUUUACAGUUAGAAAAUUAGGAAAACAGUGGUUCAACUUGAAUUCUCUCUUGACGGGUCCAGAAUUAAUAUCAGACACAUACCUUGCACUUUUCUUGGCUCAGUUACAACAGGAAGGUUAUUCUAUAUUUGUUGUUAAGGGUGAUCUGCCAGACUGUGAAGCUGACCAACUCCUACAGAUGAUCAGGGUCCAACAGAUGCAUCGACCAAAACUUAUUGGAGAAGAAUUAGCACAACUCAAAGAACAGAGAGUCCAGAAAACAGAUCUAGAACGCGUCUUAGAAGCAAACGAUGGAUCAGGAAUGUUAGACGAAGAUGAGGAGGAUUUGCAGAGGGCUCUGGCACUAAGUCGCCAAGAAAUUGACUUGGAAGAUGAAGAAGCAGAUCUCCGCAGGGCCAUUCAGCUCAGCAUGCAAGGUACUUCCAGAAAUAUAUGUCAAGAUACUCCACAGACGUCAGGUACACAUCUUACUUCAGAAGAGCUACGGAAGAGAAGAGAAGCCUACUUUGAAAAGCAGCAGCAGCAGCAAGAUCCACCAGGACAUCCAUGUGGAAAGCCGAACACAAGUUCAGGAGCACUUGACAGUGAUCUCGGUGAUGCUAUGAGUGAAGAAGACAUGCUUCAGGCAGCUGUGACCAUGUCUUUAGAAACUGUUAGAAGUAAUUUCAAAACGGAAGGAAAAAAAUAAUAUCUUUCACAAAUCAUUUAGAUAUUCAGUCUUUCCAAUAUUGUCCUGUGUGUUUACAGCAUAGGGUCCAUUUUGGUAAUGUGUCAAAGAGAACAAUUUUCAACAGAGGAAAUAAGACUUAGGUGGUUUGCAAACAAAAAGUUGAGAGGGUGAAAAAUACAUCCGUUGUAGGACUAAAUAACGAUCCUCCAAACACUAGCCAAAGAGGCAUUCAGCAAUUAAAGAAAUUUAAAAUAGUUUUCUAACUGUUCUUUUUUCUUUUUUGAGUGUGCAAUAUCUAACAUGUUUAAAAUUAGGGCAUUUUUCUUGGCUCUUUUUGCAGACCAACUAAUUAUAACCAGCUAUUGCCACAGAACUUUUCCCCCACAUUUUAUCUUCUUUUCCUCCCUUCUGCAUAGGGAAUUUGGCUGACUUUCAUCAUCUAAAAGUUGCUCUUAUUUCUCUUUAACCAAAUUAACCUUUUAGGACAGUGUCUCCUCUGUGUUGAUAAUAGUAACAGUUCCAGAAGGAUAAGCUGUUUACCCUCUGACUGUAUUGUGCACUUGGGUGUUUUCUCAUGUUAUUUUCUCUGAUCACAGUUUCUCUGCUACGUGGUUUUCAUUACUUUCUACAACUCUUUUGAAAGAUGGUAAUGUUUCUUGAGGUUUUGCUUUUUAAGCCCUCUAAGAUGGGAUCAUUAUUUCAUGAUUCUGGUGCAUUCCUAAACUCUGAAAUCAGCUCUGCACAAGUAUUUGAGAAUAAAUGAGAAUUUUGUUAAUGUGUGAGCACAUCCUUUCCCAAAUGCUUUGUGAAUAUCUUCUCAGUUAUGUCAGAACUGUAUAGGUUUGCUGUAACCCUCUUUCCUGCACCUUGUUAUUUCCUUUUCUUUUCCAAUUGAGAAAAAUAGGAGAAGCAUAGUGUGCAAGUUUCCUACUGUUAUAAAACAACAUCCAGUGCCCACCAUGAAUGUAUGAUAGAUAAAAUUUGGCCUUCAAUUUUAGUAGGAGUUUCAUUUUAUUUUUCCUCUUGUGACUGGAGCUGUCUGUUCUGUUUACAAUUGAUUCAUGAAGUGCAGAUGUCUGCUUCUGCUGUACAUCUUUUAGUAGGUAUAGUCUGCCAGAGAUAAUGAUCUAGAACAUGAAAAUAACUUACCAACAAAACUACAUUUAAAUUUAUACUGUGAUUUAACACGUGCAUCAUGUUUAAAUAGCUUAGAAUUACAGAAGUCACAGUACUUACUGGGUUUGUAAAUAAGAAAGUCUUUAGUUUUGAUAAACAUUCUUUAAUUGGGAUGCAGAGUUUCUUGCUGGGUCAAUGCAGUGGGAUGAUUUCAGUGAAAAUUAACCAUGUCUCUCUGAAAUGGACCUUUUAAAUUCUGUCAUCUACUCCCCUUCAUUCUCCAUCCCCCUUUGAAGCCCCUUUGAAUGAUGAAUUGUUCAGAAGCUAAAAUUUAAGAAGAAAUUUCAGCGGACAACUUAGAAAAUUAAAGUAUGAUAUGUUGCCAUAUCCUGGUGUAUGGCUACACACAUUUUAUCAGGGAAAAAUUUUUGAUGUAGGAUUUAUUGCUAACUGAAAAGAGAUGAAAAACUGCCUUUUAUUUAUGAUUAUGAAAUAGCUUUUUCUUGGAUAGAGACAGAUUUUUUUUUAGUCAUUAUUUUGUGCCAAGUAAGUUUUCUGAAGUUUCCCUUACAUAAAAUUAGAUGGUUUUCUUUUAAAAUCUAAAGUUUUCUUUUGACAAUUGAAAAUGUUUUAGAAGAAUUACAAAACUUUAGAACUACAAGGGAUGUUGGAGUUUGAUACUACUACCUAUGAUUUACAAACCAAAAUAUUUUAAGACUGGACAUUUCUGUAGUUAUCCCAAGUAUGCUAGUCAUAUUUUCCAUGGAUAUUCGGCCUGUAUCUUUUCCCAUUGAAAAAUUACGUUAAACUUUUCAUAUAUUUGAAUUGAUGAGCUACCUAAUAUAAAAAUGAGAAAAUGAAUAUACAUUUAAGUUUUAACCUUAAGAGUUAGGGUUAGUUCUUAUAUUACACACCCUUGUUAAAGCACUUAAAGAAAUGUGGCAUGUUGACCUUCGUUUGUUAGGGAUUUUUUUAAAGCAGGGCCGAGCACACACUGGAUAUAUUUGAAUGUGUUUAUUUAGUUGUGAAAUUGUUAUAUUUGGCAGGCAGAUUCAGAAUCACUAGUGAACUGCCAUCUUGUAUGGAUUGGCAUAUAUUUAACUGAACAUUUAGAUUCCAUUUCUUAAUCAGUUGGCCAGUAUGAAAAGAUGCCAGUGCUCAUAACCACAGUAAGAAAAUUUUAAAGUUACACAAAGCUAUAGUUCACACAUCAGGAAGUGCUGUUUACUUUAAACCACCUACAAGUCAGGAACAAUGCAAUUCACUGUCCUAAGAACUUUAUUUAUAUAAAGAUUUCCAUUCUGUUUUACCAAUUGGGAACACCUUAAUGUUUAAUAUUUAAACUAUUGGUAUCAUUUUUCUAAUGUAUAAUUUGUAUUACCGGGAUAAAAUACGUACCAUGACAAUGCUAGUAUUAUAAGUAAAGUUUAAACAAUCUUUGGAAAUAACACUUUCAUACUUACAGAUGUCAUGGAUUUAAUAAGUAGUUAUUUAUGUUUUAAAAAUUCAGAGAAGUUAACAUCUGAUCUAAACCAUCAAUGUACAUUUUUAUAGUAAUUAACAUACGAAUAUUUCAGUAAUGUAAAUUGUUUGAGGGGGCUUCCCUGGUGGCACAGUGGUUGAGAGUCCGCCUGCCGAUGCUGGGGACACGGGUUCGUGCCCCGGUCCGGGAAGAUCCCACAUGCCGCGGAGCGGCUAGGCCCCUGAGCCUGCGCGUCCAGAGCCUGUGCUCCGCAACGGGAGAGGCCGCAACAGUGAGAGGCCCACGUACCGCAAAAAAAAAAAAAAAAAAGUUUGAAAAGGUUGCUGCAGGUAAACUGUAUAUCAGCUCUAAGAUCUUGGCCAAAUAGUUUACAAUUUGCAGAAUAUUUAAGGAGGUGCUUUUUCUCUUUAAAACUUAAUUUUUCUUAAUUAAGACUUUAUUCAUGCCAAAGUUAACGAGGAAAAACUCAACUAGUUGAGGAUCAUUAUAGGCAAAACUACCCAUAGUCUACAUUGUUUCAUUUAAUAUUAAGUCAAAUAAAGUAAAUUUUAUGCCAGUAAGAGCUUAAGUCACAUUUUUAAUGUCUGCAUGUUUGAUACUAUUUUUAAACAGUAUCAAGUUAGUGCCAAGAUUUACUAAAUGUCUUAAAAUUGGCCCAUUGGACCUGUGCAAAUUCAAAAAAGGUUGAUUCUCAGUGCAUAAGCAAAAUAUAAUGAUAAUAAUUGAAAUAGCCUAGAAUGAAAACUAAAUCAUGAUGUUUUAAAUUCUUAAGAGGAUUCAAUUAUUAAUAUUGAUGACUUUCUAUUAAAAACUUUAUCUGCAAUUGGAGAGGUCUAUGGCCACUACUUUCAAAGUAAAUUGUUUGUUGUAGCUGGGCCCUAACAAGCAUGGAGAUGUUACAGAUGUGACCUUAAUUAAGAAAAAUCAGAUUGGAUUAACUAAUCAUUUCAGCAAUAUAAGUAAUUUUUCAUAUUUUCAAAAUAAAAACUUUGCUUCAUUUCUGGUCCAUUUAUAACCGUCAUCUUUUGCUAAAGAGAUGAACCAACUUGUUUUUUAAAGUCUUAUACAUAAAAUAUUUUUGUUCCAUUUUGCUCUCAUGAAUGAGAAGAUUAUUGACAUGGUUGGUUAAUUCUUGAAUUUUUAUCUUUUUUUUUUAAUUUGAAGAAAACCUCUGCUAUUUUAAUUUUUUUGCAAAAUGGUCUGGCAUUUUAAGAAUUAAUGCUAGUAACCACUUCUAAAUUUAUAGCAAUUGGCAUGUUUAAUUAUAAUAGUGUAUCAAUAAAUAUUUUAAGACUAUGGAUUCAUAGACUAGGAAUGGGGACCAUUAGUGAAAUAUAUGUGGAAAUGCCUGAUUCAUUUAGGAAGCACUUCACUUGGCUCCUUCAUAUUUCAAAGGUGAAUGUUUUCAGGAAUUUUUUUUAAAGAGGAAAACAUACAUUUGAAUGUGAUUAUCUAAUUUCUACAACAUUGGACUACUAGGAAUAACUUUAAAAAUUACUGUUCUGUACAAAUAAACUUUGAAAUUCAACUACCAAAAAACAUCUGAAGUAAAAAGCAUUCUUUUGGCCAUGACACAAGUGCACUGUGGCAGUGCCAUUUCUCAGGACCCAACUCUGCAGCCCUUCUGUGUGUGCUCCUCUGAGUUGUUUUGCCGUUAAUACACACACAGGCCUUCCUGUCUGGUCCUUAGAAAAGCCGGGCUUCCAAAGCACUGUUGAACACUGAGGAUACUGUUGUUAAUGUGGAUGUUCGAUGAGUUGUAUUUUAAAUAUCAAAGAUUAUUAAAUAAAGAUAAUGUUUGCUUUUUUA